CCUGCCUUUGUGAUCGCAUUCCAUCGCCAACACUCUCUUAUCAAAAAGUUUGCUUAAUAAAUAUAAUUAGUUUUGAGUUUUAGACGGAUAUUUUCUUCCCACCUCAUGAUUUUGUAGCCUCUACUUGCAAGAGGGAAUAAAACGUUACUCACACUUGCAUUAUUUCCAGAGGACUGUUUUUACUGAUACGCAGGAAGAAAAGUUGAAAGAAAAGUUUGUGUAGCUCGACGGCUAACGUUUGUGUUUAGCUACCUAUAUUUCAUCAAACAUAUUAAUUAAUUGUAACGCAAGGAGUUCAAUGAAUGAGGUUAUUGAAUAUUAGUUUAUCGUAAAUGUUGUCAAUUGUGUUGUGUCAUUAACUUACUGAACGUAACUAGAGUUCAAGGCCCAGCCAGUAACGCUAGCUGCUGAGGUUGCGACAGGAGCAGAUAACUAGCUACCAGUCAUGGCAGACUCGAGCAACAACCACCCGAAGACUCUCAAUUUUAAUGUGGGGGUACUUGGGCAUGUCGACAGCGGAAAGACGUCGCUUGCCAGGGCGCUCAGCAGCACAGCGUCGACGGCUGCCUUUGACAAGAACCCCCAGUCCCGAGAGAGAGGCAUCACCCUGGAUCUCGGCUUCUCCUCCUUCACCGUGGACCUCCCCGAGCAGCUGCGGGAGGACCCCGGGGGCCACGGCUACGACAAACUGCAGUUCACGCUGGUGGACUGUCCUGGACACGCGUCCCUCAUUCGCACCAUCAUUGGGGGGGCUCAGAUCAUAGACUUGAUGAUGCUGGUGGUAGAUGUGGUGAAGGGGAUCCAGACCCAGACAGCAGAGUGUCUGCUGAUAGGAGAGCUGACCUGCCCCCGCAUGGUGGUCAUUCUCAACAAGACUGACCUGCUGCCGCCCAACAAGAGACAGACCGCCAUCGACAAGAUGACCAAGAGACUGCACAAGACACUGGAGAACACCAGAUUUAAAGACUGUCCUGUGAUUGCCUUGUCAGCAAAGCCUGGGGGUCCUGAGGCCCCUGAAACAGAGGAGCCCCAUGGAGUGCCUGAGUUAAUAGAGUUGUUGAAGAGCCAGACGUACCUCCCUCACAGAGAUCCGGGUGGAGCUCUGCUGAUGGCUGUGGACCACUGCUUCUCCAUCCGUGGUCAGGGCACUGUCAUGACCGGAACCAUCCUACAGGGGGCGCUGGCUGUCAACGACACUGUGGAGAUCCCUGCGCUCAAGGUGACCAAGAAAGUGAAGUCAGUUCAGAUGUUCCGGCGGCCGGUGGCCGGGGCCAUGCAGGGUGACCGGGUGGGUGUGUGUGUGACCCAGUUUGACCCUAAACUGCUAGAACGGGGGGUGGUGUGUACCCCUGGUUCCCUACACACUCUCCACGCAGCCCUCAUCUCUGUCAGAAAGAUUGGCUACUUCAAGGGUUCCCUGGCCACCCGCGCCAAGUUCCACAUCACCGUGGGACAUGAGACUGUCAUGGCCAGGGUCACCUUCUUCGGUCUGCCGCCUGGAGAGACCCACCAGACCUCCACCACGGACCCCCAGCUACCCACCUUAGACCCCCACGCCUCUGAGCCAGACCGUAGACCCCUGGACACACCCUUCUCCUUUGACCGGGAGUACUUCCACCAGGAUGAGUAUGUGAUUGGCCAACGGCAGGCCGGAGGGGCGGGACAAGACCCGGAGCAGUGGGCGCUGCUGGAGUUUGAGCGUCCAGUCACAUGUCCCACUCUCUGCCUGGUGAUUGGCUCCAAGCUGGACACAGACAUUCACGCCAACGCGUGCCGACUGGCGUUCCAGGGGCGUCUGCUGGAGGGUUUUGAAGAGAAGAGCUACUCUGAGACUACACUACCCAGACUACGUAUCUACAAGACCAAACACAAAGAGGGACAGGUGGAGAGGGUGACAGACGACUACACUGUGAUUGGCCGAAACCUGUUCAAGAAGGAGACCAACCUGCAGUUGUUUGUGGGGUUAAAGGUCACGCUGUCGACAGGCGAGGCGGGGGUCAUCGAGGGCGGCUUCGGACAGAGCGGGAAGUUUAAGAUUCGGGUGCCAGGAUCAGGAUGUGGUGUGCUGGGAAUCCCUCUCCAGGAUUCCUCUGGGGGUAGCUCUGGUUCCGGGGUAGUCUGCACCCUGUUUAUUUUACCUUCUGUCGCUCCACUCACCUCCGACCCACAGAUAGGCUCCACACUGGGCCCGGUGGGAAGAGAAAACAAAAACAUUUAGAAAGAGAACCAUACCUACUUCCUCUCAACUCACUCACACUGGCGUACACACUCGCAAACAUGCUCUUAUAUAUACACUCACAUACCUGGCUAGUCACUUAAGACAUUCAGCAUGCUCAUUGAUCAUUCACUCUCAUAGUUUGCCCUCUGUGUGUUCUUCUGACCUCUCGCUACUCUGGGUGUGCUUCUGUGUGCUUCCUUUCUCUCAUUGUUUUUCGCCCCUUCAGGGCACAUGAUUCAAAAUGGAGAAAGUGAGGGAGAGAAAGGAAAAGAGGGCUAGUUAGAUUUGAGUGAGUCUUUGAAGGCCCCCCAGACCCCUCACAACCUCCCCCUUCACACACACUACUGUCCAAUUCCCCCCCGCAACCUGCCCUGACCCCAAACUCAUCCCCUGCAAGCCCCUUAGGGCCACCAGCCUGGCACUAGACGGCUAUUCUAGAGGAGGAGAGAGAGGUGGACAGAUUGAGGGAAUGGAGCAGAGGAGGGGGAUAGCUGUCAUUUAGGCUUUGAAGUAUAGAUCUUCUCCGGUCUAAUAAGUUGGACCCAAGGACCAUCGGACCGAUUUAAAAAGAAAUGAGGUACCUGAACGGACCCGAGGACCAUCGGACCGAUUUAAAAAGAAAUGAGGUACCUGAAUGGACCCAAGGACCAUCGGGUUCAGGUCUGAUGACAUCAAGAUCUAGAUCCGGCCUGUACCCGAUUGGACCGGGUGAUGAUAAAAAUAUGUUUAUCAACCAAGUUGAUCUUCUGGUUAACAAAUAGAUCUUUAUAUGUUGGCUAUAGGCUAUGGGUCCUCUCAGCUCAAUCAGCUGUAGUUGCAUAGACCCAAGGACAAUCAAACAGGACCCAACCUGGACCCGAGGGAAAAGUUUGAUUUAUGAAUCCAGACCCUCUCGGGUAUUCAGGUCACAUUUUACAUUUGAGUCAUUUAGCAGACGGUCUUAUUCAGAGCGACUUACAGUAGUGAGUUCAUAUAUACAUCGGACCUCUACUUUGUCUAUGUGAUAUGUAAGCCUGUAAUUAAAAGGAUAAAAUACAUGUUCAUUAUGUUGUUUAAUGCAAAAAACAACUUGUUCUAUGUUUGUGGUGACAGCUUUAGGAGGAUAAUUCAGUGUCUGUUGUAAUUAUGCUGAAUAAGGGGGCGUGUGUGUGCUGACUCCAUUUACAACAAAAAAUAAAGGAUUUUAUUUGAAAUUA